AUGACCAGAACCUCGCUCGACAGUCUCCCCGACGACCUGCUCCUCGACGUGAUUGACCACCUCGGGCAAGCCCGAGACCUAUCUGCGCUGUCGACGGCUUCACGGAGCACCAACAACCUGGUCCGGCACGAUGGCUGGAGGAGCUUCGUCAAGAGGGCCUUCCCGUCGGCGUUUGCCAAUUGCAACGGCAGUGGCAACGACUGGAUGGCUCUAGCAGACCGCCUGACGUACCUCGAUCGCUGCUGGGACAGACGGGCCUUCAUCGUGCACGAUUUCCAGGAGCUGGCCAAGAAGCGCGUGGGCAGGCGGGGUGGGGCGGCCCAGCAGAUGUCACGUCACGGCGGGCAGUCUGUGUCAUUCUACCCCAGCCUCGACGCGUGCACGCUUCAGGAGGGGGGCGAGCUAGCUGUUUGGGGGGCGGGGGAGGAUAUCAUUGUCAAACGCAGCCCUGACGGUCGCACUGAAGAUGAUCAGUGGCAGCGCCUCGAGGGCAAACAGGCCGGCUACGUGGGCGGUUUCGGCGAUGUGACGGCCGUGUCUGUCAUUGACCGUGACGGACCGUCAGCGCCCGAGAUCGUCGUGGGCAGAGCAAACGGGCAUAUAGAUGUCAUCCGGGCCAUGGGUGACAACUUUGGCUGCGUUACGCAGACCCUCGCGGGCGAUGAAGGGAAGGAGGAGCAUGGUCCCGGCAGCAGCGGGCUGUUGACUCCACGCAGUUCGCCCGGCCAGAUGGCCGUUUCGUGGACUGAGUGGAAUUCCGAGACAAGCAUGCUCGCCAGCGGCAGACACUCGACCCUCACUCUGCACAACCUAGGCGGGAGGGGUGGCUGCGGCGACCACGACGACGAUGGGGAUGGGGUUCUACGGCCCACCGCGCAGUACGACCUGUUCGACGAUAGCCUAGGUGACGAGCUAUCACUCGUCCGGGGGAUCAAAUUCCUCAGCAAUGACACCGUCGUCUGUGCCUUGGGCGGGAGCCGACGUCCCGUACGGUGGGCCAAGAUCACCCCUACAGGUCUCGUCUUCUUUGACGCUGCUGUCAACCAUGCACCCCUCGAGUACCUGGUGUCUCAGGCCGAGAUAUCUGCCGAUGAGAGGACCACGGUGCGUGCUGUCGAAAAGGUCGGCAAUGGGAGGAGCGAGAGCAUAGUCCUCACUGCCUGGGAUGAUGGAACAUAUCGACUGCUCGACGUGCGGACACCGUCGCCCUACGACGCGGUAUACCGUGACCGGUGGAACCCUUACGAAGGCGGCAGCUCCCUGUUGGUAUACGGCACGGAGCGCUUCGUAGCGGGCAGCAAUCUGGCUCCCAACGUGGGCCUCUACGACUUCCGCUACCCGAAGCCAUACUACCACACCGACGCACUCCCCUGCUCACCCGAUAUGCCGCAGCCUAAAGUGCCCUUUGGCCGUGGCAUCGAUGGCCCCUCUCCUUUCCCUUCCCCUUCCACUUCCACUUCCCCUUCCCCUCCCACUUCCACUUCCCCUCCCACUUCCACUUCCCCUCCCUCCGGCUGCUACUGCUGCACCUGGCACGACCGGUGCCGACAAGACGUGUGGAGACCCGAUGCGACGCUCUACCUCGGCGACGUCGGGUACGACCGCGUGUAUGCCCUGACUAAGGCGUCAGAUCUGUCCGACACGCUGUACUGCGGCGUGAGGGGUGCAGUUGUGGACAUGCGCCUCCGGCUGGCCGAGGACGUGUCGCGCGACGACAUGACGCAGAGUGCACCGCCGGGGUGGCGCGCCGGUGCACCGCGGGGCAAGAUUACCCUCGUCGAGACGGGCGUCAGUCUCUGCCGACGAGAUGAGUGGGUGCAGGAGAACCAGGGUGUUCCCCCGCUCCUGCAUCAGCAGCGACAGAGGCCGCGGCAGGAUUGUGGGCCAUCAUCACUACUACGCCCUAACAAUAGCCGUCUCGACUCGGCUUACACCAUUCCCGAGUAA